AUAUUUCCAUUUUCAGUGAAAAUGCUUCGAGCUCAUACCUCAACGAAAUCCGCGAUAAGAACUGCUGCUGCUCAGGUAAAGCCGCCGGUAAAGUUGUACAGCACCGAGGGACGGUAUGCAACAGCACUUUAUACUGUGGCUGCUGGUCAGCAGAAACUGGCAGACGCCGAGAAAGACAUGAAAGUGAUCAAGAAGUUGCUGGAGACGAAUAAAGAUUUCAAGGGAUUUGUGAACAGCCCUCUCGUAAAUCGCAUCGAAAAGCGCAAAAUCAUGAGCGAAGUUCUGUCGAAAAUCAGCGUUGGUCCGCUGACCACAAAUCUUUUUGACACGCUUGCCGAAAAUAAUAGAUUGUCGAUGACGGACAACGUGGUUAAAUCUUUCGAAGAGCUGAUGACCGCUCACAAGGGAGAAAUUGUUGGAAAAGUCACAACUGCCGCAGCCAUGGAUCCAUCAACUGAACAAGAAGUUAAAAAGGUUUUGCAGAGUUUCCUGAAGAAAGACCAGACUAUGCAAAUAGAGACGGCCGUUGACCCAACCAUCGGAGGAGGUAUGAUAGUGCAAGUCGGCGAUAAAUACAUAGACAUGUCUGUAGCCACCAAGAAGAGGAAAUUGGACGAGCUGCUAGAAAUGCCAGUCUAAUUGUAUUGUUAUAUAAACAACUCUUUAUGCGCGCACUGAUUAAGAAAAUUAAUAAUUUUACGUGA